AAACUGCUGAGCGGGCAUAAACUUUUGCCAUUCGUAUGGCUCCCCUUUUCUUGGGAACGUCGGCCAAUUGUUUGUGGGGAUUGACUUCCUCUUUUUGUUUGUUAUUGUCAAGAAUCAAAACAUAAACACUUGACACAAUGACUCAGAUGUCCGAUGAACAGUUUCGCAUACUCAUAGAAACCAUCAAGGCCCUGGCCCCGAUCAAAGAAGAGGAACCGGUGUCGAAAGGCAGCUUCAGCAACUGUCCGGUUCGCUUUAGUGGCCAACGGGAUCACGAUGCCGUGGACGAGUUUAUCAAUGCUGUGGAAACGUACAAGGAAGUGGAAGGAAUAAGUGACAAAGAUGCCUUAAAGGGUCUAUCCCUGCUGUUCAACAACAUUGCUGUGAUGUGGUGGAAGGGUGUCCGUCGCGAUGCCAAAACGUGGGCAGAUGCCAUGCAGCUGCUGCGAGACCAUUUCUCACCUACUAAACCGUCGUAUCAGCUUUACAUGGAGAUAUUCGAGACAAAGCAGGAACACGGCGAAGUGAUAGAUUCCUUCAUUUGCAAGCAGCGGGCUCUUUUGGCCAAAUUGCCAGAAGGACGACAUGACGAGGAGACUGAGCUGGACUUCAUCUUUGGACUAUUGCAACCCAAGUACCGGGAAAGCAUCCCACGACACGAGAUCAAGACCUUUAGGGAGCUACUUGACCGUGGAAGAACCGUGGAACGAACGAAACAUUAAAUGUAAAUAAUUAAUAAAAAAUAAUAAAUCCCUAAAUAAUACGUA